AUGGAUUCUUAUGUGCGCAAUGAGACAUUAACGUCUCCUGCGUGCCUCGGAGCGCAGACCGAUGCGCUGCAGACCGGAGCCGGUAACGGGAGUCUGGGCACAUCAAACACCACCUGCGGCAACGUCUCCACACUCCUCACACCUAAGCUGGUGAGGCACAAAGAUGAUGACCACACACUGCGGAUCCUGCUCUACUCAAUCAUCUUCUUCCUGAGUGUGUUUGGCAACCUGCUGAUCAUCGUGGUGCUGACGGUCAAUAAGCGCAUGCGCACCGUGACCAACACUUUCCUGCUGUCGCUCGCCGUCAGUGACUUGAUGAUGGCCGUCUUCUGCAUACCCUUCACCCUCAUCCCCAGCAUCCUCAAGGACUUCAUCUUUGGAGCCGCCAUGUGCAAGAUAGUGUCCUACCUCAUGGGAAUAUCAGUGAGCAUAUCCACAUUUAGCCUGGUUGCCAUAGCGAUCGAGCGCUACAGCGCCAUCUGUAAUCCCCUGAAGUCGCGGGCGUGGCAGACCCGUUCCCAUGCCUAUCGGGUGAUUGCUGCUACGUGGGUACUAGCCUUCGUCAUCAUGAUCCCUUACCCAAUCAUCAGUCACUUGGAGUCUUUUCAUCGUCCUGACAACAUCACUGCUCACAAGUGUCGCCACAUGUGGCCCCUCGCGACAGCAGAGCAGGCCUGGUACAUUUUGCUGCUGCUUAUGCUGUUUGCAAUCCCGGGGUUGGUGAUGAUCGUGGCCUAUGGACUGAUCUCCAGGGAACUUUAUAGAGGCAUCCAGUUUGAGAUGGGCCACAAAAAAGACUCUACAGAUGUAAAGAAUGGACUCACCUCCACUGUGUCUACUGGCAGUGAUGAUGGAGAUGGUUGCUACGUUAACGCUGUCCCGCGGCCACACUCGAUGGAGAUGUCCACCAUGGCAGCAUCCAACAGGGUGGUCAAGGCAGAAAGACCACGCAGCAACACAUCUGAGGCCAAGCUGGAAGCCAAGAAGCGGGUUAUCCGCAUGCUGGUGGUCAUUGUUGUCCUGUUCUUUAUCUGCUGGAUGCCACUGUACUGUGCCAACACCUGGCGGGCUUUCGAUGACAUCUCUGCCAAACGCGCCCUCUCAGGGACACCCAUCGCUUUCAUCCAUUUGUUGUGCUACACCUCUGCCUGCGUCAACCCAAUCAUUUACUGCUUCAUGAAUAUGCGUUUCCGCAAAGCUCUGCUGGCCACGUUCGCGUGCUGUGCUGCCCCUUGCCGCCGCCGCCGUCGUAGCGUGCUACGGGACAACGAGGAGGACGCCAUGGCAACGGGGGCGUCCAUGUCCAAGUUCAGUUACACUACAGUCAGCACCAUGGGAACCUGCUGA